GACGCGCUAAACAACGAUUUCUCGCUUAACAAGGCCGCAGACAAGCUUCAUUGCCAUGGCUUCUCAUUCGGAGGGGAUGAUUUACGAUUCAAUCGGAUAACUUACCGUCAUUCUCGGAUUUUCCUACGAUCUACCAAGAAUAUUCUGAUCUUCUACACGCCUCCGCCUGGCGUUCCUAAUACUUUGUAUCCUUCCUGUCCCGGCCUAGAACAGCGCGAUUCUACCGCCUACCAGACCUUCAGAACCUUCCUGAUUUCUCCUACCCGCCAUUUAGACCUCGUCAUUCCUUCGCCUACCGAAAGGUCUAACCAAAUUCCAAGCCCCUAUCACGAUAUCAGCUCAACCAAAUUUAACGAGUACCUGGUCCUUUUACCUUUGAGAGUCAGUAUCUCGUCCCAGUUUCAGGACAAGACUUCAAUAAACCCUAAAUUGAUCUCUUCGUUGGAUGGCCAGACGGGGGGAUCGGAAGAAAUUGAAAGCGAAAAGGAGGUACAGUAUCUAGCUGCUAUCGCGGUCGAGCAAACACAAACACUUCGUCUGACCGAGAAAGAAAGCGAUCUCGAUGAUUUUAACGUGUCCAUCAGGUCAUAUAUCCUACUUACAGCUAGGCAGGCUACAGUGAAGGAUAGAGCAGAGAGAGAGAAUUUCCUAGAAGAGCUCCAGAGGCGCGUAGUACAGGUAUCCAUUAUCCAGUCGGAAAGGGUGCAAAUCUGCGUGGCGGGAGUACUGAACAUUAUGGAGUCUUAUUCUCGCGAGUGGCAGGGCAGAUGGGCUGGCUCUGAGGAUGAAAGCACGUUGCUGCGGCGAAUUCUUCUGGACAAUUCGCAGCUAAACAGUUUGCCUUCUGGAACCGUUCACGGGUUUCCAAGGAGUUCAACUUUGAGCUAG